UGUUGAAACACAUUCAGCCGAAAGAAGAGCCUGGUGACCAAUCUUAUAGAAUGCCGGAAACAUUAGUGAAGCUGCGAAAUAACAAAAUGAUGUCAUGCAGAAGAUCAUCGCUACAAGAAGUCAGAAGUUUCUUGAAUUUGUAUGUUGUUAGAAUGGGAAUGAUGGCCAAAGAGCCUGAUGAUCACUUUAAGAGACAGCCGCUUCGAGUCGGAUUUUAUGAUAUCGAGAAGACGAUCGGGAAAGGCAACUUUGCCGUUGUCAAACUCGGCCGUCACCGGAUUACCAAGUCCCAGGUUGCUAUCAAAAUUAUUGACAAAAGUCGUCUUGACCAAAGCAAUAUCACAAAAGUGCGCAGAGAGGUUGAAAUUAUGAAAUUCCUUCGUCAUCAACAUGUGCUGAAGCUUUAUCAGGUUAUGGAGACAUCAAACAUGAUGUACAUUGUAACUGAGUAUGCUUCAAAUGGAGAGAUGUUUGCUCACAUUGAUAAGACUGGAAGAUUGUCAGAGGAAGAGGCAAGGAGAAUUUUUUGCCAGAUAUUGUCAGCAGUUGAUUAUUGUCAUCAGCGACAUGUUGUACAUAGAGACAUUAAGACUGAGAACUUACUGUUGGAUGAGAACAUGAAUUUGAAAAUAGCAGAUUUUGGCUUUGGAAACUUUUUUAAAGACAAUGAGCAUUUAAAAUCCUGGUGUGGUAGCCCGCCCUAUGCAGCACCAGAAAUUUUUGAAGGCAAAGAAUAUUUUGGGCCUGAAGUUGAUUUGUGGAGUCUUGGAGUAGUAUUAUAUGUUUUGGUUUGUGCUGCAUUGCCAUUUGAUGGAACAUCAUUUGCAGAGGUUAGGGAUCAUGUUUUGUCAGGGAGAUUCAGAGUACCAUACUUUAUGUCCAGUGAAUUGGAAGAUUUAAUAAAGAAGAUAUUAGUGAAAAACCCAGCACAGAGGUACACAAUCCAGCAAAUCAAAGAGCACCCCUGGAUGCAGAAGGGGCCUGGGCAAAAUACGGAGAUUUUAAGGAACCAAACACUCCAUGCAAACUUUGACAAAGGGAUUGAUGGAGAACUGAACUCUCAAAUCAUAUCUCUAAUGCAGGGUUUAAAAAUUGAUAUUGAAAAGACUAAAAAGUCUGUUAAAGAAAACCUGUAUGACCACCACAGUGCAAUUUAUUACUUGCUAGCUGACAGGCUGAAGCAGCACCGAUCUAGUUACCCAGAACAACGAAGAUAUGGAACCAGGCUGCGUAGAGCCAGUGUCAUGGCAGAUCAGGUUAUCAUACAGAACGGUAUGGUCCAAAGCCUUGUCCAAAGUUCCACACCACAGAUGAUGCAGCCAAUACCACGCCAAGUGCCCAUCACACCAUUACAAUAUGCACUUACUGAUUUACAUAUUGGAGAUGUUCCAAUACCUACUGAUAUGCAACCUCAAGUACCAGGAUGCUCAUCUGAACUACUUACCCAUUCUCUCAGUGCAUCACCUCACCAUAUGUCAUAUGCUAGCCCUUCUUUCCUUGCCAGUGGGCAAACCCCCACCAUUCAAGAGGAUGUUGCAGGUGAAAAUGGUGAUGAGCCAACACGAGGAAAUGAAUAUGCUACAUUGCCUGUGGAACAAAAUAAGCGGCGUGUCAGGCGCAUGGGUAUCUUACCAACAUUUGAUCAACAACCGAAGCAAGAAACUCUGUUUGUGCCUGCGAAUCAUCCAUUGUUGAAAGUAAAUAAUGAUAGGGACGAAAGCGCACAAAUGGAAAUGGGACAUGAGACUGAUGGGUAUAGUUUACCAAAUGGAAUGAGAAUACAAAUUAUUCCCCCCACAGAACAAUUGUCUAAUUCGCUUGCGACAGUUGUUAGACCACAACGGACAGAUACAAAAUUAAAAAGACUUUGUCCUAUAUCGUACCCUGCUUUUAGUGAAGGGAGACGAGCUUCUGAAGGCAAUCCCUCAAAUGCUCCUUUUCGACAGCUGCUGCACAAGGUGGAAGUGAAUGCAGUCCACAAUGAGCAACAUGAACUUCUGAAGCUCCAGCAGAGCCAUCAGCGAAGUCUUACUCCAGAACAGAUCUACCAGCAACACCUUGAUCAUGUUGCAUAUCAUGACCUGUACAAACAGGAGGAGCUACGGCAGCACCAACAAAUGCCCUUUGAACUUUAUCCAAAACCCGAAGAAAUGCAGUUGCAACAGCAAUUCCAGCAACAGCAACUGCAACAACAACAAACCAUCGGUUUGCCCAUAUCCGGAAAUAACUUGACGACUGCUAUCCAAAGCACGCUUAAUAGAAGUAGUGACGAUUUUGAAGACUCGGAGAUGAUGAACUUGAAUUCGGGUGUUCCAGGACCUUUUAGACGACAACACCCCUGUCGAAAACAUUCCAAUAGCCCUAUCAAUGUGCUUCCUUCUCGGGGUUCGUUUAGAAGGCAACGCAAACAGUCAAUUAUUAUGCACAGAGACAAUAUCAAUGUGCAGAGCAAUCAAGAGGAUUUCAUAAUGUAGUCUUUGGUUUGUGAAACACUUACUAGUGACGCGAAAAUCAACGAAGAGCAGAUAUAAAAUGUCUGAUACAACUAUUUGCGAAAACGUUGAAUGUGCCUCUCCUUCUGGGCGCAUUUCCUUCUGGGUGCAUUUCAUUCUGGGCGCAUUUCCUUCUGGGUGCAUUUCAUUCUGGGCGCAUUAAUGUAUGUUCAGGACGUUGACGCAGUGCGUUGCGUCAAAAACGAAGUUUCCGUGUUAAUUUGAUUCCUCGUUGCUAACUACAACUUUAUCUCGUCACAAGAUGCAAGGAACCUGUAAUUCUGCGCCCGUCAAACUUUCAUUGGAAUCAUAUCGAUAGAAUUUCUUUGUUUUAAAAGUGAUGGAAGUUGGAAUCAGACGCAGAUAAGGCCCGGUUCCUGUCUUGGAAUUUCCUGCCUACAGAUUUCACUAGUUUAGAGUUAUAUAAGAAUUCUGGUAUGGGAUACUGAACUGAAAUUGAUAUCGGAUUUAUCAAGAGCGUUAUUGUCUAUUGCUAAUAUACAGAUCGGGAGACCUCUAGGCUGAUCUAUGGCCCCUUUAGAACUCUUUCAUUUUCCUGCAUUGAGCCCCUUUUUAGAACGCGAUCAAGCCUGAGUGUUCUCGCGAAGUACAUUAUGCAACGUUUAAUUCUGAACACUUUAUCUGUAUAUUAAUUGUCAAACUAUAAUUUUUUUAUUUCCGUAAGUUAAUAAUAGCAAAGUUUAUUUAUUUAAAAUCGACGAAGAAUAUUUCAUCCAAAACCUGUGUAGAAUGUUUCAAGGUUCUUCCUUGGAAAAUGGAAGAAGUUCUUCAGACCCAUUAAUUUUAUUCCGAAUUACUGAGUACCCCCUGUAAUUCUUGUCAUUGUGGCUACCGUACUGUUAAUACUGGGUUAUGAAUCGGGGUUUUAAAACGCAGAAAAAUGCUGUAAAUUUGUUGGCCGCCAUUUUUCUUGUUUUCUAGGCCUAUGCCCAGCGUCCAUCGAAGUUUUUACUUUGUUGCUAGAAAUUAGAUAAAUUUAAAUCCCUCUUUAAGGAACACCAGCUUAUUUAGGCGAAUGAAUCAUUAGAAACUUUAGACAGCAACCACCUGAUAUUUAUCGUCUAUAAUAUUGUCUUUUGGAAUGCAUAGACACACCCGUUUCCAUGUACAAUCUCGUCGUUGCCAGAUAUUUACUAUCGUAGCAGAUAAAAAAAUUAAUAUGGGGCACACUCUUUCAAAGCUUUGAAUUCCUUUAAUGUCCCACCCCAGUUUUAAAUGAUGAUUUUUACGUAGAUCAUCCAGUAUUGAAUUAUGGAAAAUAUGAGCCAAUUAAAUAGGCUUUAGACACUUAGAGUUCUGAAGUGAUGACGUUGGAAAAAUCUUGAAAGAACAUCAUGAAAAACCUCUAAAAUCAGCCAAAUGUGUUGCAAAUUGGCUGAGAUAUGGGCACAUAUGGCCACCCCUAACCUGGAAGUAGAUGGUCUGGGACACAGGGUACGUGUGCACUGGCUCUUUCCCCAUCAAACCUCUGUAAUUUGGUCCUGGUUCGUAACAUUACGAACAGAGCCAAAAUAUCAGUGAUUCGUUAGCAAACUUCGAAUCUUUCGUUGGCCAAAGCUCACCCAAUUUUAGACUCAUUGACCUGGUCUUGCAUAUCUGGAAGCAUUUCAUGGUGUUAUUUUAUGUGGUUGAAAUUUAUAUUCUAAUAAUAGCUUUUUUGACGUCGUUCUUUAGAACUCUAUUCCCUAUGGCAGUCAACUUUGAAAUUCUGUUACUCCGUUGCUGGUGGCAAUGAUAGUUAGUCUUCGAUGUCGGUUAUCAUUGAACGAAUUUGCUGACGAUUGAGAGCGUUUAGUGACGCACAUUUUUAAAAAGUUUUCUACAGUUGAACGUCAUGCUUUGAAUCCGGACGCAAACAACUUCUAAAACACUCUAAUGGUAUUGUUGUUAAGAUUAAUGUUUUCAUUUCUAUUGAAAUUGUGGGAGUGCUGCCGCGGAUGCAGUUUUGCAGGCUGUUUUCUAUAGAUGAACAUGUUUGGCCAUAACGUCAGGACAAAAUAAUUCUUCCAACAGUUUGUUUUGAAUCAAUCCGCUUCUCCGCGAAACUAAACAACAUGCUUUUAUUUAUGGCGUGUUGGCAUAGUGAAAUGGGUAUCCACCGUCUUUAACAAUCUGUUUACCGUGUUUUAGAGUUGCAUGUUCGACGAAACCGCUACCAAAGCUAGAAAUUUGAAAAUGACGAUCAACCCCAGUGGUUUUAAAAUGCUUCAAUCAAUUUGGUUGAACCCUUGAUUCCUCUCAGUGAAAGACCGUUGCAUGGUCGUUCACGUGUGAACUAAAGCCAAGCAUUUAGAGUAUUCCGUGUGUUAUUUUUUAAUUGAUCUAAUCUAUUGAAGAAUUUUUUCGCAGAAUAAUUAAGAUUUGUAAAUAUACAUGUUAGUUAAAAGUCUCUACAACGAAAA